CCCAGCCUCAUAACUUCAGCACCUUCUUUGGCACGCGGGUUACCUAGGGCCUCGGAAAGCCGGCUGGGGGCGGGGAGAAUCGGCAGUCACUAUGGCAACCCGAGACGCCUCGCAUGCUGGGCUGCCUGCGACUGAGCUGAGAAGGAAACCGUGCCCGGGGCUCUCAGAAGACCGCUGCGGCAUGACAGGCGAAGAGGCGGUGGUGGUGACCGCAGUGGUGGCGCCCGAGGCGGGUCGCGAAGAGGAGCAGCCUCCGCCGCCAGCAGGGCUGGGGUGUGGGGCGCGCGGGGAGCCCGGCCGCGGCCCCCUAGAGCACGGCCAGCAGUGGAAGAAAUUUUUAUAUUGUGAGCCACAUAAGAGAAUUAAGGAAGUACUGGAAGAAGAACUUUAUAUUAAGAGAGAUGAAUGCCACAUUAAAAAUCCAGUUGCAGUGGCCCUGGAAGGGAUUUGGAGCAUUAAAAGGAAUCUGCCUGUGGGAGGCUUGAAGCCAGGACUGCCGAGCAGAAACAGUUUAUUGCCACAAGCCAAGUACUACUCCAGGCACGGAGGACUCAGAAGUAAGACCCUGAUGCCCUUGACUUCCACUGAAGCUCCUGAGGGACUUUACAGUUUACAAACCAGUGGAUAAGGUGAAUUAGAUUUUCCAUUAAGAAGGAACCUCUUUCUGCUGAUGUCUGAAGAACGGAGAAGAAACUCAAGCUUGUUUCAGGAUUUAAGAUGUGUGCAAAAAAAUGAUAGCCUGUAAUUACUAUUAUUGGUAUUAAUACCUAUCUAUAAAUUAAUCCAAGGUAAUGAAAGACCAUUGGUAAUGUUCACUAAGUAGCUGAAAACAAUAAAGGAAAAUAAUAUACUUA